CUGAGCAACCAGGUGCCUUCAGAGAAGCCCCAGGCUCUCGCUACUGUUCACAACAGCCAAAGCAGCAGAGAAAUGAGGAUGUCAUUUCCAGGGACCCAUCCCAACAUUCCUGUCACCCCUAAAAACUAGUCAAGCUCCCUCCAAAGAGGCUAACCUGGAAUAUCCCUUGGACAAGUAGAUACCACCUCAAUUCUGCUCAGGAGUUGCUGCACCUUCAAAUUGGGACAUCCCUCCUCAUUUGCAAACCUCAGCUGUGUCUGGGGGCAGAGAGCAGUGGAGCUGCCAGGAAACGAAAGAAAGGCUUCCAAGUCGGAGCACUACAUUAGACCUAGGGAAACUGGGGGCACAUCUAUCUGGGAGGUUACGGAUACCAGGAGGGUCCCUGCCCAGAGGACAUUGAAGAUCAAAGCUGACGUUUUCUUUUCUAGGUAACGGACAAGAUUUAACCCCAACGACCAGAAACAUGCACUGUUCCAUCCAAAAUGCAGAAGCACUGGAUGGGGCUCAUCUGAUGCAAGUCCUCUGGCAGGAUGGUACAAAGUCUCUCUUCCCUGCUGUGUGGCUGAGGGACAACUGUCAGUGUCCUGACUGCUACCUGGAUUCUGCAAAAGCACGGAAACUUCUCCUCGAAGCUCUUGAUGUGAACAUUGGCAUCAAAGGCUUGACAUUUGACAGAAACAAGGUUCAUAUCACAUGGCCAAAUGACCAUUAUAGUGAAUUUGAAGCUGAUUGGCUGAAGAAAAGAUGCUUUUCACAGGAGGCCAGAGAAAAACUCCAAAGACAAUUGUUUUUGCCAGAAUGUCAGUACUGGGGCUCAAAGUUCCAGCUACCAACUCUGGAUUUUGAAGAUGUUUUAAAAGAUGACGAGCAGGCAUACAAAUGGCUCUCCAGCCUCAAGAAAGUUGGCAUAGUGCGACUCACAGGAGCAUCUGACAGACAAGGAGAAAUUUUAAAACUUGGGAAAAGGAUCGGGUUCCUUUAUCUCACAUUUUAUGGACAUACUUGGCAAGUGCAAGACAAAAUCGAUGCAAACAAUGUGGCUUACACCACUGGGAAGCUAAGCUUUCACACUGAUUACCCAGCCCUCCAUCAUCCACCUGGGGUUCAGUUUCUGCACUGUAUAAAGCAAACAGUCACUGGGGGAGAUUCAGAAAUCGUAGAUGGAUUUAAUGUGUGCCGAAAGCUCAAGGAAAAAAAUCCUCGGGCAUUCCAGAUUCUAUCCUCCACCUUUGUAGACUUUACAGACAUUGGAGUGGAUUAUUGUGAUUUCUCCGUCCAAUCCAAACACAAAAUUAUAGAAUUGGACGAUAAAGGCCAAGUGGUUCGCAUCAACUUCAAUAAUGCAACUCGAGACACAAUAUUUGAUGUACCUGUCGAAAAAGUUCAGCCUUUUUAUGCUGCUCUGAAGGAGUUUGUUGACCUCAUGAACUGCAAAGAUUUCAAGUUUACUUUCAAGAUGAAUCCAGGUGAUGUGAUUACCUUUGAUAACUGGCGGUUACUUCAUGGCCGGCAGAGCUAUGAAGCAGGAACUGAAAUUUCCCGCCAUCUAGAAGGAGCUUAUGCCGACUGGGAUGUGGUCAUGUCAAGGCUUCGCAUCUUAAGACAGAGUGUCCAGAAUAGAAACUGAAUCUCCUGUUUAUACCUUCAGUAAGAUUCCAAUAAAUGUAUUGUAUAAGAUGCGGCAAAGUUAUUUGUCUUCACGGGCCAUUAGCCAUGUCACUUACAUAUUAAUUUCUUUUAACAUUGAAUACAUCCUCUUUCUCACAAGAUUUUUCUUUUCUCUGUAGUCAUUUGCAGCGCCAGCUUUUUAGAUGUUGUAGCCCUGCUCUCUCUUUUCCAAAUAAAGCAUCUCUUCUGUUCAAUGGCCUGUAUGAUCUUAUUCUUUUGCCCCUAUGUGAAUCUCGAGAAGCCCCACAAAUAGGGUAUCAAAUCAAAUCUUUAUUCAGAUAAGCCCUCUUUUAAAUAAAGCUUUUGCUUCAAAUAAAGUUUGAGUUUCAAAUAAAACUUGUCUCAAAUAAAACA